AUGGAACAACAACAAUCCCAAUUUCUCCAAAAAUGCCCUAUUCAAAUUGGGCAAGAGACAUUAAUUGAAAUUGACAAGGAUGGUAAAGGGCUGGGUUUAAGUAUUGUUGGUGGAUCGGAUACUGUACUGGGUACUGUAAUAAUUCAUGAAGUUUAUCCUGAUGGAGCCGCUGCAAUCGACGGCCGUCUGAAGCCUGGCGAUCAAGUCUUUGAGGUAGUAUAGUGAAAAUUGGAUAUAGAGGGCUUAAAGGGGAGGUCCUCACAUAAGAUCCCCCUCAGGGCACACCCUUGAUACACCUAUUGUUACUGAAGAAUUGUCUCUUAUAAUGAAGUGCACCUUAAAUGAAGGGUAUCGCUUUGGCAGUUUCUCCGCCCAAGAGACAACCAUAAUUUUAGAAAAACGUCUCUUAAAUAGAGGUUAUUUAGUAUGGAGGUGUAUCUUAUAUCGGGCGUAUCUUAUUGAGAGGUUUAC